AUGUUUACCUCUUCCAGAAUACUUCGUUUCUCUCUUGCCGCCUGCAGAAAGAGCACUUGCUCUCUUCUCCCAUCAUCAUCCUCUUGCGUAAAAUCAUGUUCCGUGGUGGCCACUCACAAGGCUUCUUCCCUCUCUUCAUCAAACUAUCAGACUGGUAUGAGAUUUUUCUCUACAAACAACAACAUGACUAGAGAAGAAACCGGAGACUCUGAAGUGAAAGGCAUCAUUACACCUGAUUUGUUCAACAAAAACAGAAAUGAAUUGAAACAACUUUUCAUGACUGAAUUGGAAAAGAUUGUUACUAAAAUAACUCAAGAAGAUGGCUAUACUCCACAUGAUAUUUACAACUUUGCACUGGGUGAACACAAUUUGAGAUUUAAAGUUUUCAAAGCAGCAAUGGCACGUUUCGGAAGAGAAAUUCCAAAUACAGAUUUACCUAAAAUUCUUAAAGUGAGGGAUCUUGUUGAAUGGUUUAUUGUAAAAGUUGAAAAGGAGAGACCACCACAAACUUAUGAAGUUCCCGAAAAUGUUAAAUUAUUCAUUGAUAAACAUCAAGGAAAAAAGCUGAGAAAGUUGAACGAGAAUGCGUUCAGCGUUCCACAAGAAUCAUCAUCUGAGCAACCACAACAACAAUAA